AUGCAACAUUUUCUUGCCCGACAAAAAGAAAUAGAGAAAAAAUAUACUGUAAAACGGUUGAAAGACAAAUUAGAUAUAAAUGAACGCUGUUGUAUUCAAAGCAAAAGAGAUUAUAUAUGCACAAUCAAUGGGAAACAUUACAAUUCAAUUUUCACUGUUUCUUGUGAAAACACAUCCCUUACAUCUAAUAAAAUAAUCCAGAAAAAAGAGAAACCUUAUAAAUGUUUUGAAUGUGGAAAAUGUUUCAGAAGAAGCACUCAACUUACUCGCCAUAAAAGGAUCCACACCGGGGAAAAGCCAUGUAUGUGCACUGAGUGUGGAAAGACCUUUACUCAGAAGGGUAGUCUAAAUUCACAUACGUGGAUCCAUGCAGUGGAGAAGCCACAUAAAUGCAAAGACUAUGGAAAGACCUUUAUUCACAGCAGUGACCUUACUUGCCAUAAAAGAUUCCACACAGGAGAGAGAUCAAAUAAAUGUGAGGAAUGUGGACAGAGCUUUACUUGUAGAAGUCAACUUACUUACCACAACAGGACCCACACAGGGGAGAAGCCAUAUAAAUGCAUGGAAUGUGGAAGGUCCUUUUCUCAGAGCAGGUCCCUUACUUCCCAUAAAAGGAUGCACACAGGGGAGAAGCCAUGUAAAUGCAUGGAUUGUGGAAAGAGCUUCAUUGACAAUUCAGCCCUUAGAAAACAUAGAUGUAUCCACACAGGGAUGAAGCCAUAUGCAUACAUGGAGUCUGGAAAGAGCUUUUGUGAAAACUGAUCCCUUACAAAACAUAAAAGGAUCCAUACAGGGAUAAAGCCAUAUAAAUGCAGUGUGUGUGGAAAAGCCUUUACUCAUAGCAGUCAAGUUAGUUCUCAUAACUGGAUCCAUAGAGGAGGGAAACCAUAUAAAUGUGUGGAAUGUGGAAAGGAUUUGACUAAUCCCGGUCUUCUUAAUUCACAUAAAGGAGUCCAC